UAGACUGAGGCUCUAGUGGUCAGGGAGAGCGAGGCGGGUUGCUAUAAGUUUCCGGGUUCUACACCCCAUCGAAAAUGAAUGAUCUUCAAUCUCUCGGACCCAAACAGGUUGUCUCCAUCGCUUCUCCGCAAAAACCGGCGAAAUCGGACCGUUUUUACCGAAGUGCAGCUCAUGGGACUCGAGCGAAGGUUCGACAUGCAAAAAUACCUUUCAACACCAGACCGGGCUGAACUGGCCAGAGCGUUGGGUCUUACGCAGCUACAGGUGAAAACCUGGUAUCAAAAUCGGCGAAUGAAAUGGAAAAAGCAGGUAAUGCAAGGAGGAUGCCCUAUUCCGCCAACCCGACCAAAAGGCCGACCUAAAAAAAACUCGAUUCCCUCUCGAAGUGAGCUUGAUUUGCCUCCUAUGAUUAUUCAUGACCUUGAGCAUAUUGCCAGUUCAGCUCGCUUUACCAUCGCAGCGGGCGCCCCUGCCACGGCAAUCUCUAGAACGAAUGCGUCGCCCAGGACCGAAAGCAUCGUUGACAGUCAAUCUGACAGAGGCGGACCGGCCUAGUUGUAGAUGCCGUCGGUGAAUGUUUGGGUAAAGGUCACUUGGGCAGGCCUAUCUGUUUG